UCUAAUGAGAUGCAUGGAUAUGAAGGACAAUCAAAUGAACCUCUGAAACCAGAUGAACCAUUAUUGCUCAGACUUCAAAAGAAGUUCACCAUACCUCCAAAGCCCAAGACCAUACUAGAAGGUGCAAAGAGAGACUAUAUGUUGGUUGGAGGUAUCUGUUUGACAGUGACAAUGUUGUCAUUGGGUGUCUGGAAUCAUGUCAAGGGUGGAAGUGCAAUAACUACAACUAGAUUCCUUAGAGCUAGAAUAUGGGCACAAGCUACAACUGUUGCCUUGAUGGGUUUCUAUGCCUUUAACUAUCAAAAGACAUUGGAUGAUGAGACCAGGAAGAACCAAAAGGUCGUGUUGAACUGA